AUGACAUCUCUCAAGCAAUUCAUUCGCAAUGUGCGAGCCGCGAAGACCAUUGCCGACGAACGGGCCGUUGUCCAGAAGGAAAGUGCUGCCAUUCGAGCCAGUUUUCGGGAAGAGAGCCAUGAUCACAACAUAAGGCGGAACAAUGUCGCAAAACUUCUAUAUCUCUUCACCCUGGGCGAGCGGACGCACUUUGGUCAGAUUGAAUGUCUAAAGCUCCUUGCCUCUCCGCGCUUUGCGGACAAGCGCCUGGGAUAUUUGGGGACGAUGCUGCUGCUUGACGAGAAUCAAGAAGUCCUGACCCUCGUGACGAAUUCGCUCAAGAAUGACCUCAACCAUUCCAACCAAUAUGUUGUCGGGCUUGCGCUUUGUACCCUUGGCAAUAUUGCGUCCGUCGAAAUGUCCCGAGACCUCUUCCCUGAAAUCGAAACCCUUAUCUCUACGGCAAAUCCCUACAUUCGCCGAAAGGCGGCACUUUGCGCAAUGCGGAUAUGUCGAAAAGUCCCGGAUCUUCAAGAACAUUUCCUAGAGAAAGCCAAAGUGUUGAUACAGGACCGAAACCACGGAGUGCUCCUCUGCGGACUGAUGUUGAUCGUAAGCUUGUGUGAGGCGGACGAAGCAGAAGGUGGAGAGGAAGGAGUGAUAGAGCUGUUCCGCCCGGUCGUGCCACAUCUCGUUCGGACACUGAAAAGCCUGACCAGCUCAGGCUACACCCCAGAGCAUGAUGUUGCAGGAAUCACAGACCCUUUCCUGCAGGUCAAGAUUCUGCGGCUGCUCCGAGUGCUUGGGAGGGGCGAUCCCGCAACCAGCGAACAAAUGAAUGACAUUUUGGCCCAAGUUGCUACCAACACGGAAGCUACCAAAAAUGUUGGGAAUUCGAUCCUUUACGAGGCUGUCCUCACCAUCCUCGACAUCGACGCUGAUUCAGGACUGCGUGUUCUGGGGGUCAACAUUCUUGGAAAGUUCCUGGCCAACAAAGACAACAACAUCCGCUAUGUCGCCCUCAACACGUUAAUCAAGGUGGUGGCCAUUGAGCCUAAUGCGGUUCAACGGCAUCGAAACACCAUCCUGGAGUGUUUAAGAGACCCCGACAUCUCGAUCCGGCGACGGGCGCUUGAUCUCAGUUUCACACUGAUUCGAGAAGACAACGUGCGGGUGCUGAUUAGAGAACUAUUGGCAUUUCUAGAGGUUGCCGACACAGAAUUUAAGCCGGUCAUGACGACACAGAUUGGAAUUGCCGCCGACCGGUUCGCCCCGAACAAGCGUUGGCACAUUGACACCAUGUUAAGAAUCGUCAAAUUGGCUGGCAACUACGUCAAGGAACAGAUUCUGUCAUCGUUUGUCCGCCUCAUUGCUACAUCGCCAGAUCAGCAGACCUACUCGGUCCAGAAGCUGUAUGCGGCCCUGAAGGCAGAUAUCACGCAGGAGGCGCUGACGCUGGCCGGAGUAUGGGUCAUUGGUGAGUAUGGAGAUUCGUUACUGCGUGGAGGCACGUACGAGGAGGAAGAAUUAGUCAAAGAAGUCAAGGAAAGCGAUAUUGUGGACUUGUAUACGACGAUCCUCAACUCCACCUACGCGAAUCAGGUUGUCACCGAGUUCAUCAUCACCUCGGCGAUGAAACUGACAACGAGGAUGUCAGAUCAGGCCCAGAUCGAACGGAUACGCCGCCUGAUGCAAUCAAGGACGUCUGACCUGAGUGUCGAGAUCCAACAGAGGGCGGUGGAAUACAGCAACCUUUUUGGCUACGACUCGAUUCGACGAGGAGUUUUGGAGAAGAUGCCGCCGCCGGAAAUCAAGGAAGAGCAACGAGUAUUUGGUCCAGCCGCUACCCCUGCCAAGGACAAGAGGAAGACACUGAAAAGCAAGGCCCACGCAAAGGUUGCCAAAACCAGCGAGUCGGACAUGCUGCUGGAUCUUAUGGGGGGAUCGGAUGUCCCGGCGGUCGACACGAGCGCGACACUCAAUGGACAACAGCAGACGGCAGACUUGCUGGCGGACAUUCUUGGCGGCGGGAGUUCUGUCUCGAGUCCUCCGCCCCAGACCAAGAGUCCAACACCGGCCUCGAAUACGGAGUCAAUCAUGGAUCUGUUUGGCAAUGGAACCCCCAAGCCUGCGAGUCCCGCUCCAGGUGGCUCGCCCGCGCAUCCUGUCUACAACAAGAACGGAUUGGUGGUUUCCAUUCAGGUGUCACGAAGUGGUGCUACGAUUCAAGCACUUGCCCGAUUCAAGGACACGUUAGCAUUUGAGCGCAUGACAGGUGUCGGGUUGCAAGCCGCCGUGCCCAAGAGCCAGAAGUUGACGCUGCAUGCCAUCAACAAGAGCACACUUGAGGCCGGCGAGGAGGCCACGCAAAGCAUGAAGAUUAUUGCAGCAACAGGGCCGCUACCAGCGAAAUUACGCUUACGACUAAAGAUUUCAUAUACGAAAGAGGGAGGGGCGCCGAUCACCGAGCAGGUCGAUUGGACGGAAUCGUAG